AAAAAAAUAGUCUAAUUCCUCUCUCAAUAUUCAUCAAGAACAAAAAAACAAAUGCAAAACGAUUCGUAUGUCAGACAAAUGAUACUUCGGCAGAUCACAUCCACGCGAUUUUCAUUCAAGAAACGGCUGAAGUUUCCCAUAAAAGAUCUGGCCAGGUCUGAACAAAGCAAAGCAAAACCCCAGUCUAAUAAGUCUACUCUCUAGUCCAAGGAAAGCAGCAGAGUCCAGAGUCCGAUAAUGGCACACGAUUGCAGCUUCGAGAUCGACCCGAGAAGCGGCUUUUGCAGAUCUAAUUCUAUUUUCUGCAGUAAACGCAAGCCUAUUGCUCUCCCACACAAUUACUGCAUCGACAUCACCACCUUUAUUUCGUCCCAGGCUCACCGUGGCAAGACAGCCUUCAUUGACGCCACCACUGGCCUCCACCUCACCUUCAUCGACCUAUGGAAAUCCGUCGAUUCCGUCGCCACCUCUCUAUUUGAGAUAGGAGUCCGCAAGGGCCACGUUAUCCUUCUCCUUUCCCCAAACUCCAUUUUCUUUCCUGUUGUUUGCCUUUCUGUUAUGUCCCUUGGUGCCAUAAUUACCACCACCAACCCUCUCAACACUCCCCGCGAAAUCGCCAAGCAAAUCGCCGACUCCAAACCUUUAUUCGCCUUUACCACCCCCCAACUAGUCCCCAAACUCACCGAGUCGAACUCGAAUCUCCCCAUCAUCCUCAUAGACGACCAUGAUUCCAUCAAAGCCCAAUCCAUAAUCGUGACAACUUUAAGCGAGAUGAUGAAGGAGCCUAGUGGGAGUCGUGUCAGGGAGCGAGUCAACAUGGACGACACAGCUACUCUGCUCUACUCUUCAGGUACAACCGGAGCAAGCAAGGGCGUAGUUUCCUCGCAUCGCAACCUAAUCGCGAUGGUUCAAACCAUCAUUGGACGCUUUAACGAAGACAGAGAGCAUAAAUUUAUCUGCACCGUCCCAAUGUUUCACAUUUACGGUCUAGCAUUGUUCGCGACGGGAUUACUCGCGUCAGGAUCAACAAUCAUUGUGCUCUCAAAGUUCGAGAUUCAUGAGAUGCUAUCUACGAUCGAGAGGUAUCGUGCCACGGAUCUCCAUCUGGUACCACCUAUACUAGUAGCACUGAUCAACGGCGCUGAUCAGAUAAGGUCCAAAUAUGAUUUGAGUUCGCUACAAACAGUUGUGUCUGGAGGAGCCCCACUGAGCAAGGAGGUGAUAGAGGGGUUCAUGGAGAAAUAUCAAACGGUGAGAAUUCUUCAGGGUUACGGGUUGACUGAAUCGACGGGGGUGGGUGCAUCAACAGAUACUUUAGAGGAAAGUAGGAGAUACGGUACCGCGGGGCUGCUGACGUCGAGCAUGGAGGCAAAGAUUGUGGACCCAGAAAGCGGAAAAGCUCUGCCGGUGAACCAGACCGGUGAGCUUUGGCUUAGAGGUCCCUCUAUUAUGAAAGGUUACUUUUUAAAUACUGAAGCUACAUCAACAACUCUUGACUCCGAGGGAUGGUUAAGAACUGGGGAUCUGUGCUACAUUGAUGAUGACGGCUUUAUUUUUGUUGUUGAUCGAUUGAAGGAGUUGAUCAAAUACAAGGGAUAUCAGGUCCCUCCUGCGGAACUAGAGGCCUUGUUGCUUACUCAUGAGGAAAUUUCCGAUGCUGCUGUAAUCCCGUUUCCGGACAAGGAGGCUGGGCAAUUUCCCAUGGCGUAUGUUGUAAGAAAGGCCGGAAGUAAUUUAUCUGAGAGUGCUGUCAUGGAUUUCGUGGCAAGACAGGUGUAUCAAAUAAAGCGGCCCCAUACAAGAGAAUCCGAAGAGUUGCAUUUAUUGGAGCCAUACCCAAGAAUCCAUCAGGCAAGAUUCUCAGGAAGGAUCUGAUAAAGCUUGCAACCUCUAAACUAUGAAUGUUUGGGUUUUGGAAUAACAAAUGUCCUUAAAACAAUGGACUACUAGAAUGUCCAUAUCAAUUGCCAUUUUUUAGAUAUAGUACAGCUUCUUAGCCUUGUUUAUCUACAUGUCUCUUGUUUACUUUUAAAGUUAAUUUCAUUGGAAAUGAAUAUUGCUUGUUUGGUAUA